CAAAUAGUAUGCAUGCGCUCAGUUCGCGUGAUUCCUUCUCAUGUGGAAUUUUUGCGUGUUUCUGUUAACGAUCCACAAGCACAGUUUGCAAAAAUAUGUGAUAUCAUUCUCUCAUUCACCUUUCCUCAUCUUCAUUGUCGGCUGCCACUCACCGCUUCACGUCGCAUUAUCUCGCAGUGUCUCGUGUCUCAAAUUCGCCCCCUUCUCGCCUUUCAGCCAAUCACAAGAAGUCACGCACAACAACUUGAUCAUAUGAUUGCACGUCUUGUGCAUGACUACUACCGCUUCCCCUUCCAAUUUCAUUUGACACUCCUCUCCUUGCCCAUUGACCUAUUUGGCAUGGGUUUUCCAUCAAUCUCUCGUCUAAAUGACACUCUCGCACUCCAAGGCAUGCUACGCAACCUUAAUCACCACAUCCCCGCUUUUCGUACCAUGGUAGUAAUCACAUUGUCCGACUGGAUGUGUAGCCUAAACCAUUGUGUGUACCCUCUCGAUGGGCCUUCUGUACACAGAAGUUUUGUGUGA